AUGGAAGCCCAGACGAGCAAUGGAGUUCGUCGAGGGUUGCUCGCUCUCGCUGCCAUGGUGGCAGUAGCAUGGCUGCGCUCGGCACCUUCUGAAGACUUCCUGUUGAUGUGCCAGGACAACAGCGGUGCCUACAAGAUGAAGGUUAUGGGAGUGGUCGGCAAGGGGAGCAAGCCACAUAUUCGCGCAAUUGAGCCUGGAGAUGUGGUCGUUGUGAUUGGACGCACCGGAGGCCCCAAGAACAAGGUCUUGCGUGCCAUUGUCACGCGCAUGCGAAGAGGCUCACCUGAUCCUUUGAAGAACGGGAUGAGAAACACCUUUGACACCAAUUGCGGCGUGCUGGUCGACAAGGAGGGGAACCCAGUUGGAAGCAAAAUUCUGGGCAAGAUUGACCCCAGGUGUGCCAUGCGCUGGCCGAAACUUGCCCAACUUGCGUCACGCUGA